UUCUCACCUGAAACAUCUCUUCAGGAUUAGGCAGCGAAGAGGAACAACUGAGUCCCAGAGUAGUGCACAGUCUGUAAAGGCUGUUCUGGCUGGUCUCUGAAUGUUCAGAAUCCUGAUCUAUGUGGAGAAAGAGUUUUCCAAAAAAACUGGAAUGUUGCGGAAAUGCCUCACCUGAACUUUCCAGACGAGAUUCAAACGGACUGUCCGAUGUAAACGGAUUUUACCGCGCCGAACAAGGAAACCGAGGGAUCCAAAAGUUAAAGAGGUGCGUGAUGUCAUCUGGUCGUGGAUCUGUGGGGGACCUGAUUCCUCCAGAUGUGCUGCAGGUGUUCAAUGAGCGGCAGGGGGGAAGGGGCAAGCACGGAAGGCGACGGGCUGGAUCCUUCAGCCGUGCGUUCAAGUGGUUAAAGAGGCAGCGCAGGAAAACCCGCCGACACACGACAGAUAUACGUGGAGACCUGCUUGCACCUGGAUCACCUAUAGAGUUACCAAAAUCAACACUUAACACAGGCCAUAAAGAGGAAGCUAUGGGCUCUGUUUCUCUCCAGGAGUUCCAGGAAAAUGUGUUUGUUGAGGGGAAUCGGCCUAAGCACCUGUUGGACCUGCAUACAGAGGCCCAGCAGGGCCUGAAACUGCUCCAGCAGGAGGAUGAUAAGAAUGGGAUAGACUACCCUGAUGACCAAAGUAUGAUUUCAACAGUAACAGCUCAGACUGAAGACAGCAUGAGUUUCAGUGAGCUGAGAGGAUUAGAGUCUGAGAGCACAGCUGGCGACACUGUGUCGACACGCUCCUCCAUCUCCACACGAUCAACACGCUCUGGACUCAGACGCCAAGCCUCUACGUUCAGUCCUCUGAAGCCAGAUAAAACACAGGAGAAGCACAAGUCUCGUAGGAAACAUGUGAGAACUAUUGUGGGAAUUCCGCGACACAUCCAGAGAGAACUGGGGUUGGACCGGGCAGCAUGGAUCACCACCCAUUCUGUUGAUGAUCAGCUGUCCAACGAAGGUUUUAACCUACCCACCAUCAUUUCCACUGUGGAUGGUGGAUCCACCAGCUCUGAACAAGAGAGUGUACAAGGCCAUCUUCAGGAAGCAGAGAACUUGCACACAGUUAAGAAAGAGAAUGCAGAGCUCCCCACACUGGUCAAAUCCAAAGCUGACAUUGCACUCCAAUGGCUCAUGAACCACCCUACAGAUCCGGACAGGCCUGGAGUAGGCCUAUUAAGUGUUCCUUGGUUAACCACAUCAGGGACUCCAUCAGAGAACCCUUCCAGUGCAGUGAUGUCCAUCUCACCUCAGGCCACAUACUUGUCUAAGAUAAUUCCAAAUGCUGUACUUCCCCCAUCUGUGGAUGUUGUGGAACUCAGUCGCAACCAUAGUCGCAGCAGUGUCCGAACCGUCAGUAAAAGCAGCCUGGUGUCAGCCAGCCCAGCAUCUACCCGAGCUUCGUCCAGAGUCUCUUCAAAUCGUUCCACAAUCCGUUCAGACUACUCUGGCUGGAGCUGUUCGGGAUCCUCAGAAACUUUAGUGUCAAAUUCCUCCACCCUCUCCAGCAGUAGCACUCCCCGUGUGGCCAGCAGAGGAAGUGAGGUUGAAAACACAGAUAGAGCUGCCAAGCUAAACAUUCCGGACCACGGUUCCCAUGUAGCCUUCAAAGCAACUCACAUGAACGGGGACAUUACAGAUGAGGAAGACAGCAAAAAGACAGGAUCUGCUGGGACUUUCUCACGUAGUCUGUCAGUGAUGAAAAGGAGCAAGAGACCUCCAGCUCCACCCAGCAGGUCAUAUUCAUUACACAAUAAGAAACAGAGAUCUAAGGGUCCUUACUUGCAUGAUGUCAGCACUCUGGAUGGAUCAUCAAACUCUGGUGUCAUUACCCCACCAUAUCCUAUCAAUGGAGAAAAGGCAAUAGGUGCAGAUGAGUCCAAAUCCACUGACUCGAAGGCUGGCACAUAUAAAUUGAAUGGCCACCCAUUUCUUCCAUCAAAGGAGAACCAAAUAACCAGCACAGACAGCAAGAAAACCUUGCUAGAAAAGCUUAAGAUGAGAAAUUACCAACAAAUGUCUUCUGUCAGCUCAAUGCAUUCAUACACAAAUGGAACCAAUAAGCUUGUUCAACUGUUUGACAUUCCAGCCCAUCCCAAAGUACUGGCUCCCCCAGCGCCCCCUCCAGAAACCUGGGCUCAUAACCAGCGCACUUUUGAACUGCUGUGUGGGCCAGGACCUGUUAACUAUGCACGUUGGGCCAAAAAGAGAGGUCUUAAAAUUGUAGAUGAACCAGACUAUAGGGCCUCAGCAAACGCACAUAACAAAAUAAAAGUACCAUUCAUGCUACAUCCAGUAGAGCUAAAAAGCAAAGUUGAAUCCUUAUCCAAAGCCUCUGUCCAUGUCCCUUCUCCAUCACCUCCUCCAGAUCAUCACCCACCAAUACCAAUCACAAGCCAAGCCAAGCCCGCUGCGCUCUCUCCAGAUACUGUUCCUUCAGUCCCUGCACUGGCUGCCAAAGCCAUAAAGCACCUGACUUCUUGGAUCCCUCCGCCGCCUCUUUUUCCCGCUCCCGCUCCUCCAGUAGGCCCAGCUUCUACAACUUUUGUUGCUGUGCAAAAUGAUACUGGCUUCCCUUCACCACCCCCUCCAUUCUCACCAAAGACUUUACAGACAAUGCCUCAGUUACCACCAGAUGUUCCACUGCCACCACCGCAAGACGUUCCACCUACACCACCACCACAAAAAGUUCCUACUCCACCACCAGAAGUAGUUCCACCACCACCACCUCCACAAGAAAUUCCACCACCACCACCUCCACAAGAAAUUCCACCACCACCACAAGAAGUUCCACCACCACCACCACCACAAGAAGUUCCAACUCCAUCACUACAAGAAGUUCUACCUCCACCACUAUUACCACAAAAAGUUCCACCACCACCAAGUCAAGAAGUUCCAUCUUCACUAUCACUAAAAGUUCCAACUCCACCACCACCAGAAGUCCCCCCUUCACCAACAAAGUCAGCACCACUUCCUGCAACACAGAAAAUCCUACCCCCUCCACCAGAAGCCCAACCUCUGAAACAGAGCUUAACAUCAGCUCUGACUUCUGAUCAGCAACCAUAUGUUCCUCGACCUCCUCCGCUGCCCACUGAUGUAAAGAUAGAGGCCAAACUAACAAUGACAGAAAAAGAGGUGAAACAGCCAAGCAGUCCCACUAAGGCAAAGGAGGAGACAUCUGGUCCCGUGGUCACCCAGUCUCUCCUACAGAUGGUUCGUCUCAGGUCAGUUAAGUCCAGUCAGAGCCAGGCUGUAGACCCUGAGAAACAUUCACCCCCCAAACAAAAGUCAGGUGUUAGUCAAGAUGCGCCUCCGAAGCCAAUCAGGCGUUCUUUGAUUCUUACUUCACUGCCCCCUGAUGUGGAAGCUCUGUCUAGCACCGAGCCAAAAACUGAAGCUCUAUCCCCCAAAACAAAUCUAACCAUUGCAUCAAACACUCAGCAAGGAUCAACUAAACCAAAUACUCAAUCAGUUAUAAUUGUUCAGAAAACGCCAACCACGAGCCUUGAGCCAUCAGCUACAUGUACACUCACUGAUCCAAAUAACAAGCCAGCUCCUGCUGAACCAACAACUAAACAACUCUGUGCUGAACCAGAGGGAAAACCCAAUACCCUUGUGGAACAAAUCCAACCUACAGCAUCUGAACCUGCAACCCUGCCAAGCACAACAGAACCAAAGGACCAGUCAGUCAUCAGUGAGCCAAAUACCCAAUCUAAUGCACAAGAACCCUACAAAACCCCUGAUAAUUCAGAGAAGCAAUCAAGCACCAUUGAAAUACCAUCAAAGUCAGAUGCCGAUGAACCAAAAACCCAUAUACCAAGUACAAAUCUUCCCGUUGUCUCUCCUGCACCCCCAAUAGUUUUGGCACCAGCUAACCCCUCCAUGCGUCUCCAGGACGCUAUUCGUCUGAAGGCUGCAGCUAUGUCUACAAAAGACAGCCAAGCCAAACGUUUUGGUUUGGGCUCCCCUCCCCCAGCUGUAGGCAGCAGCAUUGUAACCGCCUCCCCUGCAUCGGCCAGCUUCAGUUUCUCCAAGAGUACAAAGAAGUUUGUAAUAGAGACACCGUCAUCCUCAGAGGUUCAGGCUGACCUGAGAAAGACUCUGGUGGCAGAGGUAGCUUUUGUCUCUGAUUCAGCUAAGUCUAGUGAUUUAAACAAGAUGAUGACCAAAGUUCCUCCUCCUGUUGCUAAGAAACCCAAAGCAAAUGUUGAAAGCGUCACUCAGAACUCUGCAGAGACCGAGUCUAUAGCUGAGACUGGGCAUAUGCAAACAGAGACUGUACAAACUGCUGGACAGGAAGUACAGACAGAGACAUCUGAGAGCACAGCAAAUGAAUAAGUCAAUUAAUGGUUGAUUGAUUGAUUAACACUUGAGUUUUUUGCUUUUUUUGCAAACAAAACCAGGCUUUAGAUAUUAAGACCAAACUAUUUAGCUGAUUUUUCAAAAAAGUUAAGCAAUUUUUAAAUAUAAAAUACCAAAAAAGUCUUUAUGUACAGAUAUGCAUAUUGCACUUUUUGUACACUGGUUUAGUGUAACUGAUUCCCAUUCAUCAUGGGAAUACCACUGGUGUUUGAAUGUCAUUAGUUUUGGGCUUGGUAUGACAGAUAUUCAUGGAAUGAUAAAUAUUCAUAUUUUAUUUUUGUGUCCUCAGUCCUAGAAAGAAGACAUGCUAUUGUCACUAUUGACCAUUAGGCAGUACUGUAAGAAUCAUAAUGAGGCAGUAAGCAGGGAUAAUUUCAACCAUGAGAAGUCAGUCACAUUUUGUUGUGACCAAUAAAACUCUAUGGUUGAAUUUUACAGAGGAAGCCAACCAGACAUUUGUGUAUGCAUUAAUAUAAGAGCAGUAUAAAAUAAAAUGAAAUUAAGGUAAAGAAUGUAAGUGAAAGGAAAGAAAGGCUAAACAAAAAGUGCAAGAAGCCAUUUAUUUUGGGCCGGAACAAAAAUGUUGAUUUGUAUUACAAAUUUAUAGUCCAUAAUUAUUUAUAAGCCCAAGAUUUAUAGUGUCUUGCUAUCUAUAUAGGAAUGUUAAGGUAAAUGUAAGAGAAAAAGAAGGAUGAACGGAGCAGAGGCAGUGUUUUCACACAUAAUCGUUGAGUAUGCAAGUAGUGCCGAGCAGGUGGUCAGAAAAUCAUAGAACAGCUAUUGAGCUUAAGCAAAAUGUUUGUCAUAUUUCUGUCAUUAAUGUUGGUCUAAUUUGUUUUUAUUUUCAGAAAGAAGUCAAUGUACAUUACUGUCAAUGGACUGGACAAAUAGAAAAAAAAAUUAUUGUUUGCUUUUAAUAUAUGAAAUUUUUCUUAUAUGCACUAUUCUUACUUUCUUUUUAAAUGUUCCUUUAAUUUCAUCUUUUGUCUUUGACUCUGAUUAUAAUUUCUUACUACGGAGAAAAGUCUUAUUUACUUAUUGUUUCAAAACAGAUUUUGUACAAAAGAUUCAAGUUUAUUCUUUGUAAUGUUUCAUCAUGUGACAAGAGUAAACAAAGUUACUGAAAUAGCUGCAUGGCCACUCAUUUCCUGAUAAAAAUCUUCAAAAGAAUCUGAUCAGGCACUGCAACAUGUACUAUUCCAUAAAUGUAAAACUAUUACGGGUUAACAGUAACAUAAAAUAUCAGAAUGGUGAUAGUUGUUAAAACUCUGGGCAGUAUUGCAAAUAUUCAGCUUACAGUAUAGAUGUCAUACAACAGUAAAGGUUUAGAUUUGACCUGGUUGUCUUUCCACUGUUUAAUUUUUAUAGAUAAAAUGGGUAUAUAAAUGAUUCAUCAUGAACAUGUAAUGAUCAGGAGUAUAAACACUGAGGGAGAAAGACAAGUAAAAAGGGUGGUAGGCAAUAAAGGAAACUAAAGAAUGUUAUUGGGUAGUGCAGUUGUCUCUGCAAAGCUCUCUGUAGUGAUUGUGACGAAUGGAAAAAAAAGUCAUAACGUCACAUGACAGUGACAUACAAAUGUUGUCUCUCAUAGGCAUGAAGUUCACUUUGCAGCUUAUUCAGGCAAAGAACCAUUACACAGGAAGAAACCAUCUGAGUGACCACAAUUAAUUUUGUUUUUAUGCAUCGUGUAAAUCUGAAAUAGAUGAUACCACAACAAUAGACCGGUGUGGGGGAAAUAAUUCAAAUAAAGGUGCAGCAGUAUCUGUCAACUGCUGUACAGACAGCAUUAGCAGAAAAUAUGCAUAUACAUUUAUGGUCAAAAUUAUUUGCAAUUCUGAUAAUUUUCAAGGUUCUUUUUCUAUCCACUAGGGGGAGGCAUUUUCUUCUUGGUUACGGAGUUCUUUAGUUCUCCAAAAAGCUCUAAAAUUGAGCUCUACAUAUGCAUAUUUUAUUAGAAAAGUUCUGCAUCCUUGUCUAUGAAAAUGCUUUUUUCCCCCCUUUUUUUUUUUUUUUUUUUUUUUGCCAGUGCUGUCUUACAUGCUUUAAAAAAAGUUGGCCCCACCUCAUUGGUUUUCUUAGGGUUUUCAUUCAAGCUGAUUUUUAUUUAUAAAUAUAAUUUUAAAUUUACAGAAUGAUAUUUGAAAACAGCACAAAAUGAAUAAAUUUUUAUUUUAUUUUUUUAUGUAAGUGUGAAAUAAAUUCUGCAAUGGAUGAUUUUACAUUUCCUGUACGCAAAACAUUUCACACUUAUCUCAGAACAUGCUCCAAUUUUCCUGGGAGCGAUAGGAUUAUUUUGUGAACAGUUGUACAGAAAAGAUUGGCAGAAAAUAUGCACUUUGACAUGUGACUUUAUAUCCACUAGGGAGAGGCAUUUUGUUGUGACAUGUUUCUUCGCAGUUAUUUAGUUCAUCUGUUGGUUAUUUUCCUGUGUAUAUAAAUCAGUGUUUUCCCUUUUGUUGCUCUGUUUUCAGGUCUUUAGAGAUUUUUGUCCUUAUUGGUUUUGUUACUUUGUACUGCCUUUUAGAAAACGUAUGCCUGCUUUCCUUUUCUUCUCUUUUUGUUUUUAAUUAGGUUUAUUCUGUGUGAUACACUAUAGUUUGUGAGAACGCAGACUAUAUUUUUUAUUAUUAAUUUGAUUAAACAUUGCAACGAGUUUUUUUUUUUUUUU